UGCCUGUUCUGUACCUUGUGUCUUUACCUGCGGGUUCUUUGCGCUUUCCAAUCAGCCGCCCAGAUUGGGGUAGCGUUCUGGCACUCAAGAUUGGUCACUCUGUUUCUCUGUCAGUUCCAAGGACAACGUAGAGCCAUUUCUGCCGUGUAUAUCAUCAUCCCAGCGUAACGUCAUUCAAUGGCUUCAACAGACGACGUUUCUCAGAAGCGAGCAGAGCUGGAACGCUGUCCUCCUGGGGAAGAUGACCGGGAUGUUGCCCUCUUCAACCUGGCGUGCGCCCUUCACGAAAGAUACGAUAAAGAGGAAGAAAUCGACGACUUGAACGAGGCGAUCACUUUCUACCGUGCUGCUUUGUCACUGCGACCAGUCGGGAAUGACGAUCGGUCUCUGUCACUCCUCAACCUCGCUUUCUGUCUUGGGAUUAGGUAUGACCAACAGGGGGCAGUCGACGACUUAGAAGAAGCCAUCACACUUGAACGUGACACACUAGAACUCUCUCCACCAGGACACUACAAUCGUGAUGUAUGUCUUUACAACCUUGCUACUCACCUCGAAUGGAGGUUCCGCCAACAGGCUGACAUGCGGGACCUGGAUGAAGUGAUUGACCUGCACCGUGCAGUUUUGGAACUAUAUCCCCCUGGACAUCCUGAACGGUCUUCAUCGCUUGAUCAACUUGCCCUCUGUCUCUUGAAUAGAUAUGAAGAUAGGGGGAUGGUUGAUGACUUGGACGAAGUUGUGACACUCAGACGUGCAGCACUAGAGCUCUGUCCACGGGGCCAUCCUGAUCAUGGCGAAUCUCUUCACAACCUUGCUUGUGACCUCAGGAGGAGGUUCACGGCGAAGGCUGCGAUCCGCGACUUGGAGGAAUCGAUUGAACUGCUCCGUUCAGCUCUCGAAUUGCGUCCCCCUGGACAUCCUGAUCGGUCCUCGACGUUCCAUGAGCUUGCUCUGUGUCUAUCCAACAGAUAUGACAAGCUGGGGAUAGUCGACGACUUGGAAGAAGCUAUCGUGCGUGGACGUGCAGCACUAGACCUCCGUCCGCCGGAGCAUGUCGAUCGUGAUGAAUCUCUUCACGAUCUCGCUUGCGCCCUAAGGAAGAGGUUCGUGAAGCAGGCUACAAUACACGACUUGGAGGAAGCGAUUGAGUUGCACCACGCAGCUUUGGAACUACGUCCCUCUGGACAUCAAUGUCGGUCUUCGUCACUCCGUGAACUUGCUCUCUGUCUGUCGAAUAGAUAUGACAAGCUAGGGGUAGUUGAUGACUUGGAAGAAGCCAUCACGCUUGAACGUAAAGCGCUAGAGCUCUGUCCACCUGGGCAUGCCGAUCAUGGUUCAUCUCUCCACAACCUUGCUUGCGACCUCAGGAGGAGGUUCGCGAAAGAGCUUGUGAUCGGCAAUUUGCAGGAGGCGAUUGAGCUGCUCCGCCCAGCUUUGGAGCUACGUCCCAUCGGACAUCCUGAUCGGUCCUCAUCGCUUCAUGAGCUUGCUCUCUGUCUGUCAAAUAGACAUGACAAGCUGGGGGUAGUCGAUGAUUUGGAAGAAGCCAUCGCGCUUGGACGUGCGGCACUAGAGCUCUGUCCAACAGGGCAUCCCGAUCGUGGCGUAGUUCUUUACAGCCUUGCGUGCAGCCUGUGGAAGAAGUUUCAGAAGCAGGCUGACAUGCCCGAGUUGCGCAGGGAAAUUUUCCUUGAUCAGUCGGUGUCGGUGGUCUGUCCAACAAGCAGGGCCGAUGUCGCCUUUUCCCUUUUCGAGCUUUCACUAUACCUGUGGGACCGGUUUCAGAAGCAGGCUACGAUGACCGACUUAGACAAUGCUAUUUGUCUUGCAACGUGUGCUGUAGAGCUCCGACUACCUCAUGAAGAUGCUUCCGUAGGAGCAUGGGUUCAGAGGGUAGCCCAGGGGGCAGACUCUGGCGAACCCGUAAUGCUUGGUCAAGCGGCAGACGAUCUAUGUGUCCUUGCAAAUUGCUAUAGGGCCAGAUACCAAAUUCAGCACGCAAUCGUCGACCUGAACGAGGCCAUCACAUAUUACCGAUAUAUGCUGCAACUCCGCCCUACUGGACAUCCCAGCCGCGCUUCGUCCCUUCACGACCUUGCACAGUGUCUAGCAGAUCGGUUUCGUCAACAAUCCACAGCAGCUGAUCUGGACGACGCCAUUGCCCUUGAGCAAGAAGUCCUCGAUUUACUCGUACGUGGAGAUCCAGGUUACGACGAGUCCCGGGUCUAUCUUACGGCUUACCUCCAAACGAAGUUCAACUCACAGGUUGCUACGAUGUCCACGGAUGCCUCAAGUGUUACCCUCUUUGACGUUAAGCAAUUUAUCCGUAAUGUUGCAUUUGAAACCCUUAAGACUACACCGACCAGGCUGCUGCACACACCUACUGGCAUCCUAUGCAACCGUGAUGCGCAGGUGUCACAAUUCUUGAACAGUCAACAGUACAAACGGCUGGUGUCUCUGUGCACAACAGGCAGUCGGGCCCUGCAAAUGGAACUCGUCCACACUAAUGUCUCGAGACACUUCCAGUACGUCACGCUUUCUCACCGCUGGGGUGAUGCAGAGCCAUCAUUGCGCGACAUCGAGGGCCACUCGAUAUAUGGCAUGUCAACCAAGGGAGGCUUUGGAAAGCUCCAAGCCUUCUGUCGUGUUGCUUUGGAGCGGGAUUACAUAUGGGCAUGGAGCGAUACGUGCUGCAUCGACAAACACAGCAGUGCCGAGGUACAAGAAACGAUAGGGUCAAUGUUCGCGUGGUAUCGGCAGUCUGCCUUGACCAUCGUAUACCUUUCUGAUGUUCCCGGUGCUGGUUUUCUCGGCAACAGCGAAUGGUUCAGACGCGGGUGGACCCUCCAAGAACUACUGGCUCCCAAAACCGUAGUAUUCUAUACCCAAGACUGGUCACUUUAUAAGAGCUCAACGCCGUCGAAUCAUAAGACCGAUGUCGCCGUGCUGGAAGAGCUGGAGAGGGCAACUGGAAUAGAAUCGCGUUUCCUCGCCAACUUUUUUCCCGGUAUGGAUGAUGCACGCUCGAGACUGCAAUGGGCAUCAUCGCGUCGCACCACCAGACCCGAAGAUAUUGCUUAUUCGCUUUUUGGGAUCUUCAAUCUUCACCUUCCCGUUCUGUAUGGCGAAUCCGCCGAGAACGCGCUUGGCCGUCUUCUGGCGGAAAUCAUAUCAGAUUCUGGGGAUAUCUCGGUUCUAGAUUGGGUCGGGGAGGCAUCUUCGUUUCAUAGCUGUCUCCCUGCUCACAUCACCUCGUAUCAAAUAUUGCCAUCGCCUCGACUCCAACCUAAUUCGGAAGAACAGUCAUUGGCGAUAAGUCAGGGGCUCUCGUCAUUCGAGGUACUGCGUAACUUCGCCACGUCUCUACUCCCCCAAUUUCUCAGUCGUUCUCUGACACCAUCAAGCAUUGCUCCGGCGGAUCGGCUGCGAACUCCGGAUUCAUACGCACCAAGCGACGUGUAUGAUUUCAACUCAUUUACUAGAGUACCCCUUCCGCGAUUCCGCAACCGUUGCCUUAUACUGCCGUGCAUCGCCCACCGCGUCAUAGCGGCUCAAUUGAGAGGCGAAGAUCUAUCGGCACCGAGUUACACAUACAAAAUCCAGGCAUGCGGUCUGAGACCACUGGAGGUUGAACUUCCAGACAAGCUAGAAAGUGCAACCAUCUCACAAGGGGCUCUGCAGCUCGUUCGCCCUUGGCACUCGAAGGGUCAAUCUGCCGUAUUAGACGCCACAAGUGAAGAGCGGCUACUUCUUACACUUGGAAGGCCAUUUAAUGCUCUUCUGCUGAUUGAAGUGCCUCAUUCACAGUACAAAAGGAUUGCGUCUUCUACGCUCAUUACUGCUCAGCCCGCAGACUCGGCCAGCAUUCUGAAAAGCAAAGUCAGGAUAUUUCAUAUUGUGUAGAUAUGUUCAAUUUAUGGCGACCCGGGAUAUCCA